UAGCAACCCUUCUCCAAUGAUGUUGUAGCAUCAUGCACAAUCGCAAAAGUGUAUAUUUUGAUUUGUUAAAUUUUUCGCGGAUCUAUCCAGGCGUGUAGUUAUUUAUUAUUUUGUUUUCUUCUGAGACAGAAUCAGGACUUGACCACUGUCCUCUACUAGAGCCCUUUGUUAAUUCUAGAUGGCUACGGAUCCCGUUGAGGAAGGGAAGGUUCCCUUUUCUAUCACCACCACAAGUACAACUCUCGGUGGAAAUGAUGCUACAGCCACCCUUGGAUUCAGAGAAGUGGCCUCCCAUCAAGGAGGCAAUAAAUUCUACAGGGCACUUACGUCCUGGAAAAGCAUUGAUCUGACCAAUCUUCUCCCCAAAUUUGAUACCACUGCCUCCGACAUAGUUGUACAUCAACGGGAAACCCUGGUGCAACGCAAAGAGUUGGCGCAAAAGACGAAAGAUUUCAAGAAACUAGACGAUACGGCCAAGCUCCAAGAUUACAAAAGCCUCUUGAAAGCGUAUCAAACGUUCAUUGACCUCUUGACAAACAAUUCAAAGGUCACAUCGUCGGCCUUUCUACAAUUGUAUUCCUCCAUUUCUGAGGCGCCAGAUCCGUAUCCAUUGUUAGAGGCGUCACUGGAUGCACUUCUGGUCUCAGAGGACACAUUUCCAAAAGUAAUAGCAGAGAAUGAGCGCCUUAAGAAAACGAUUGAAAGUCUCACCGGUCAAGUUGAAAGCGCUGAGUCCAGACUGAAUGACGAACGGGACGCUCGCAAGUCUCUAGAACUUGUUUGGGAAUCCAAAGUUAAGGAAGUUGAAGCAUCAUGGGCUGCAGUUUUGGACGAAAAGCGGGAUAAUUGGAACUCCAGAGAACGAGCGCUUGAAGAGAAGGUUGAAACACAAGAGAGACUAUUAAAGGAGGUAAAAGCCAGCUUUGAAGUUUCUCAGCGCUUAGAUCGGACGGGAAAUGGAAGUGGUCCUGUCUCCCUAGGGAACACAACAGAAUUAGAGAUGAUCAGCUCCGAACUUGAACGAACCAGUGUUCGUCUUGCUGAAAUUGAGGCCAGGAACGAGCAGCUUCGCCUGGAACUGGCGCAGGCAACUUCCCAAGCCAAAUCCUCAGAUAUCACGAUCGAGGAUGAUCCGGCUUUUCUUCGAAUUCAAUCUGAAAACUCCUCUCUUCUUCGAAAGCUCGAUGUGCUCAGAUUUGAACAUGAUUCAGAAAUUCGGCAAAUGGGAGGGAGACUGCUUAGCAUGGAAAAGGCAAUAGGAGCUUUAUCUGAUGACAACGAGAAGUUGCAGAGAGAAGCAGGAAGAUACAGUGACUAUGCGGAUAUCAAACGAGAACUUGAAGUGCUUAAGUCCGUUGAAUUCGCAAUGGGUGAUGAUGAAGGAGAGGAAGAAGAAGAUGAGGAUGAUGAUAAUUAUGAUGACAAGGGCAAUGGAGUUGGUCACGGUGAACGUAGUCCAGGCGAUCUGUCUCUCUUUCGCAGAGACAACCCAGAAACGCUUGAGCAAUUACUAUUACGGAGAAACAAAAAAUUAGGGGACGAUUUGGCUAUUCUUCGAGCAUCUCACCGCGAGCUCCAGGAUCGGUUGGAAGUUGUGGAAAAGGACCUCACUACUACAGCCCAGGAACUGGAUAAUUCGAGAACUUUAGCGGCGACCCUUGAAAAUGAUCUCCUCAUACUUCAACAGGAUCCAGGCAGUGGUUUCAAAUCUUCGGCAAUGUCAGUGACUGGUAUCCAUGCGUCUCGAUUCCCGCAACUACGUGAUGGUGCCCGUGGAGGAAGAACAUCUCCUACCUCAUCAAUAAUAUCCGGGUUGGACCCAUCCCAAACCGCUACCGGUGAGAGUGGGGGACUUGGUACCGGAAUUUUACCCAUGGUGGCAGCUCAAAGGGAUCGAUUCAGACAACGAAAUGCGCGGCUGGAGGAAGAACUUUCAACAGCCUACAAUGUAGUCUCAUCAUUGCGGCAGGAGGUCGCCUCCUUGCAGAGGGAUAAUCUGAAUCUCUACGAGAGGACAAGAUAUAUGUCAACCUACAAUCGCGGGCAACCAUUCUCUUCUUCAUCAGCAUAUUCUGCAAACCCUAACCCCUCGACCGUUCAUGUUUCUUCAAAUGACGUUCCAUCUGACGUUGGAUUGGACAAAUAUCAAUCAGCUUAUGAAGCGCGCAUCUCUCCGUUUGCUGCUUUCAGAGGGCGAGAGUCAGCGAGAGCACUUAAGAGAAUGAGCCUUCCCGAGCGGAUCGUUUUUUCUAUUACGCGGCUCGUACUCGCAAAUCGGGCCAGCAGAAACUUAUUCGCUGUAUAUUGUCUGGCAUUGCAUCUACUCGUGUUUGGGAUGCUGUACUGGGUGGGCAUCGCAGACGUUGAGAAACAUGCUGGCAAUUUAGCUGAAGCUGGGGUGGCGUCUGCAGCUGGUAUGGGUGAUGUUAAACCUGAAUGGCAUCAGGAAGGUUUCAGCGAAAGAGGAUGA